ACAAAAUUCUUUCCGAAAGCCAUGGUGUGUUAUCUCAGAGAUGCUUCUGCGCAAAAGCAGAAGAAAGUGUAGAAGAUGUUUCUUUCACUUUCACUUUCACUUUAAUGCGUUUUCCAACACCAAUUGGGGAGCUUUUUGUGCUGGGAUUGGAUUUCCAUGGAAAAAUUCGCGAAGGACAUGACCAGGAGAGAUUAUUAGA